AUGAGGGAGUCCCGGGCGAUCUGUCUUGCCUGCCGCGUGAGGCUGUCGUCGCAGGCUGCCCACGCCGCGGUGGCAGCAGCAGCGGCAACGACUCUCCGAGGACCAUGGCACACAGCUGUUGGCAGAGGGAGAGCAGCCAGCUUCUCGGCAGCUCCAAGAAAGAGGCGUCCACGGCAGCUCGACGACGGUGCCCUGGCCGUCUUCCGAGACGUUGUAGAGAAGCAGGAGGGACAGCAGCCACCAGCAGGAAGGUCCCUCGCAGGCGGUACAGAGCUUUACCAGCAGCUGGUGAAGCUGACACAGCUACAGUCAGAGCCGGCCGUUACCAUUGCGGAGCUGUACGCCUUCUUCGACAGCCAGAUGUACCCGCUGAUGGCCGAGGCGCCGCGCGACCUGCCCAACAUCUUCAAGCAGGCAGCCCGCAAGCUGGUGCACGAAGUUUCGGCAGCCCGCCAGCGUGACUACCGGACGGGUGACCUGCCGUCGGUGGCACGCAUCACGCAGGUGCGUCGCCAGCUGGACCUGCUCAACAUGCCGGAGCUGUGGGUGCCGCUGGUGCUGGGUCUGGUGGAGGAGGUUUUGUCGACGAGGCAGGACGAGGAGCUGGCCGGGAGUCGUGCUGUCCGGCUGGAUGAUCUGGUGCAGGCCUGGCGAAUCUUCAGCCUGCCCGAUAUGGUGGUGGCCGAUGAGGAGGCACUGGGCCAGGAGGCGGCCGACUCGUUCCGGCUGCCCACACCCGACGCCAUGCUGCUGGCAAGAUACGCCCGCCAGCGCAACCUGAAGCUGGGGCUGGCUGGGCUGUUUCCGCGCUACGCACCGCGCAGCCUGAAGCCGGUGGUCCCGGCCGUGCUGGCGACGUACGCGCUGCUGACGGACCCGGACGUGGUUGGCGGGGUGGCCGAGGCCGAGGUCAAGACGAGGGCGCACGAGUUUCUCGAGGCCAUCGAGGCCAUUCUGGCGGCCGUGCCGGUCGACCGGGCGGCUGUGGCAGACAUGUUCGUGGCGCGGCCAGACCUGGGCGCCUACGUGCUGGGGCGAUGGCCCUUGUCGGAAACGAGCCGUGAGAGCGACAGCAGCAGCAGCAGCAGCAGCAGCAACAAGCAGCAGCUGGGCCCAAUGCCACGACCGCGGGGCCGAUCAUCGUCGCUAGACGCCGUCCACGGGCAGCUGAGCCAGGCACUGCGGGCACGCAACCUGGGGGCGUGCGAGGCGGCCUGGGACGUGUUCUGGUCGUCGGUGACGGUGCCGGACGCAGACGGGGCGGACCGGUUGCGGCAGAGCGCAGAGCUGUUUGACUAUUUCAUCAUGGCGUUUGCGACGAUGCGGCAGCCGGAUCGGGCGAUUGGGAUCUGGAACCUGAUGGCGCUGGCGGGCGUGACGCCGACGCUGCGCACGUGGACGUCCUUUAUGGAGGGCUGCAAGCGGGCGUCGAAUCCGACGGGGAUCCGCAAUAUUUGGGACAAGCUGGUGGCGUCAGGCAUGCCGAUGGACACGGCCGUGUGGACGGCGCGGAUCUCAGGGCUGAUCCAAGCCGGCGAGGCCGAGGCAGGCAUCCGCGCGCUGGAGGAGAUGCAAGAGUUGUGGGAGGCGGCGAAUGCAGACACAAAGACAAAGACAAAGACGACUGCGGUGAAGCCGACGAUUGGGCCGGUCAACGCGGCCAUUGUUGGGCUGCUGCGACGCGGCGACCUGGGGGCGGCACGGCAGAUUCUCGGGUGGGCUGGACGACAUGGGAUCGCACCCGAUCUGAUCACGUUCAACACGAUCCUACGACCACUCGUGCGCGAGGGCCGCGGCGACGAGGUGGCCGGGCUGCUGGAGAUGAUGGCGCGGCUGGGCAUGCAGCCGGACGAGGCGACCGUGACGGUGCUACUGGAGGGAGCAUUGGGAGGAGGAGGAGGAGGUGGUGGCCGGAGAGGGCAGAGAGGCCGGGGAGGCGAAUCCAAAAACAGCCACCGUGACCUCGAAGACACGGUCCGAUGGAUGCUGGCAGUUGUCGAGGCGUCUGGCCUGGUGGCCAACCAACAGACGUAUGCCAAGAUGGUGCACCUGCUGCUGCAGGAGGGCGGCAGCGACGGCCAGCAUCAGGAGCAGGUGGACACGGCCGUUGAGGUGGUGUUGGCCCACAUGGCUGCACGCGGGCUAUCGCUGUCAUCGCAUGUCUGCACGAUCCUGGCAGAACACUACUUUUCACAGCGGCCUCCGGACCUGGAGGCGGUGCGGGCGCUGAUCGAGACGGGGAUGAGGAGGGGGGAGCGAAUGGAGGGGAGUAGGGAAGAGGGUGAGGGAGAGGGUGAGGAAGCGCAGAUGGCCCCGAGAGCACAGAGAGCCAACAUCCCAAUCCAUCGUCACCGUCUCCGGCCUCCGCAGUUCGACCGGGUCUUUUGGGAAUGCGUCGUCAGCGGAUUCGCCCGGGUCGACGACACGGUCAGCGCGCAGCGCUACUUUGAGCACAUUGCCGACUCGCAGUCGGUGACGCCAUCGACGCUCGAAAGCCUGCUGCGCGCACUCGUGCGGAACGCCGACUGGGAGGCUGCUGCCCGGCUAGUCGCCAAGGUCCAGGCCCAGAAGAUGUUGCUGGCGCAGGACGGCGAGACAGUGCGGGCUCGCCCGUUCCGGCACCGGUUCUGGCACCUGGCUGCAGAGCACGGCCUGUUGCAGCAGUGA